GUUUAUUCUUCUACCAAGUAAAUCAAGCAAAGUGGUUUUAAAGCAAACAAAGUCCAACCUUCCAGAAGGUAUGAUCAAUCACCUAUCAUAUACUGUCCUGAACAAAGAGUGGCAUGUAAUUAUGGUGGUGUGUUGGGAGCUGCUGGAACUCUCCUGUUUGUGAAUAGGUGGAGCCUUUAACAGUAGGGGGCUGAUUCAGGGAUUAUUAGAGCCCAGGGAGAGAUUGUACAACAGAGGGGAACAGAGCACAGCAAAGAUAAACAAGGCCUUUAAUCAAUCAGCGGAUGUUUGAAAGCAGAGAAUAGUCGAGAAAAAGCAGGGUGUGAAUGGAGGCUGCCAGCGGUUUGUACAGAGGUUAUAAGUAGAGGAGCUAACUGUGCCGGGAAUGCGGAGAAGACCUCAACAGUUGCAUGAGCCUAAUCCUGCCUGCCUGCCUGCCUGCCUGCCUGCUCUGCUUGUUGCCCCGUUCUGAUUGUGCCUUUUCCUACCUGGAGCCAUGCACCCUCAGCGUCCUCUUCCCCAGGCCAUGCCUGCUUCCUCCUCCUCCCUGGGACAGCACCUGCGGGACAUUGCUAUGGGCCUUGGAAGAGGCAAGAACUUCCUGGGAGGAAACUUUGCCUACAGUUUCAUCCAGUCAAUGAAGGAGUGCCUCUAUUUUCUCCUCUGCUGCUGGUGCAUCAAAGAGAUCCUGGACUGACAUACUUAUAGAGUACAUCAAGUGGUCGAACAUUGAUUUUCCCUGUGGCUCUGUAGGCUCCUAUAGUGUAAUUUUAACCAGCUUUUAUUUCAUCAGAGAUGGAGUGUUUGAUCAGCAGCGCUGGCAAAGCAUGGGCAAGUAUGAGUCUUUUCUCGUAUCAAACUACCAUUGGAGUACAAAGCAAUGCAACAUUUAUGUGGCCUACUUGUGUUUUGAAGUAGUAAUUGCAUUGCAGAACAGGUUUACUAAAUCUGUGUUUUUGUACAUAUUAACACAUUUUUCAAAUAUUUGUAUUACUGUUUUUCAGGUGUCUAUAGGAUGCUCUUCUUGCAUUCCCAAGAAACGGGUACAGUUGCAGAUGCUACACAUGCUCAUUGUGGGACUGGUUGUGUUCCCUCAUUUUAACCUUGCUGAUCUGAGAUCUGGAGGGAUGUGGCACCCCUGAUUGCAAGAGUUCACUGUACAGCAAC